AACCUCUCCAAACUUGGCUUUCGUGCCAGCCUGUCUUCCCCCAGAUCCUGUGCAAGUAGAGGAGCUGCAGCACUUUGUUUCUAACUCCAAGAGGCUGUUUGUGAUGACUGGAGCCGGAAUCUCGACUGAAUCGGGGAUCCCAGAUUACCGCUCUGAAGGUGUCGGGCUCUACGCCAGGACAGACAGGCGACCCAUCCAGCAUGCCGAGUUCGUUCGUAGCGCCAGUGCCCGGCAGCGGUACUGGGCAAGGAACUUUGUGGGCUGGCCCCAGUUCUCCUCCCACCAGCCGAACACAGCACACCUGGUACUAAGAGACUGGGAGAAGCUGGGGAAGCUGCACUGGCUGGUGACCCAGAACGUGGAUGCCCUUCACACCAAAGCUGGGAGCCAGCGCAUGACAGAACUGCACGGCUGCAUACACAGGGUUUUCUGCCUGGCCUGUGGAGACCAAAUCUUGCGCUCUGAGCUUCAGGAGCACUUUGAAGCUCUGAAUCCUACCUGGAAAGCUGAAGCAUUCGGUGUGGCUCCGGAUGGGGAUGUCUUCCUGACGGAUGAGCAGGUGCAUGAUUUCCAAGUCCCAGCCUGCCGUAAAUGUGGGGGAAUCCUGAAGCCUGACGUGACAUUCUUUGGAGACACAGUGAGCCGGGAAAAAGUGAAUUUUGUGCACGAGCGCCUGGCAGAAUCAGACUCCGUGCUGGUGGCAGGAUCCUCUAUGCAGGUAUACUCUGGUUACAGGUUUGCUCUUGCUGCCCGGGAGAAGCAGCUGCCAAUUGCGAUCCUUAACAUUGGGCCCACAAGGUUAGAUCACUUUGCGUCCUUAAAACUGAAUUCCCGCUGUGGCGAGCUGCUGCCUUUGAUUGUUGCAUGACCCAACAAGCUGAGCUUCAGUAGCCAUCAGGAGUAAAAGGACUCACCAUAUCAAAAGGGGAAAAUCUCAAUCUGAGGCAUCUAUGAGAUCCAGUGACACCCUGAGGACACCAGGAGAGGGCAGCAAGCCUCGCACAUGUCAACCUGACCAGUUUCCUCCAUCAAAACCAUCUCCACUUACCAGGAAACAGGAUGAUGCAGAAAAAAGUACUUUUCUGCCUACCUUGCCAUUGUAAACAGUGCCUUUUCUUUUCAUUCACUGGGGCAGGAUAAU